AUGCCUGUAACCUACAAAGGGCUUGACUGCUUAGCAGACAUGCUGGCGGAAGAGUACACACACUACUACACUCAGCUGCAGACGGAAAUCCCCUGGGCUUCCCAAGCUUACUACGGCUACUACACGAUUUAUUUUGGCAGUGCAGUUGUGGGCGUGGCCCUUUUCAAGAACUUGUACUACAGAUCCAGAGACCAUUUUUACAGUAAAAGCCAAUCGGCCGGGAUAUUUACACCUUUGGUCGAUACGCUUGUGGCAUACAGCCGGUUUUUGGGAUACAAACAGACGCCGAUGAAAUUGACCUACUUCACCUCAUUACCUCCAUCGGUGGGCUCCAGUUUAUUUUUAAUGGCAUCAAGUUUGUAUUUAUUUCUCUACUGUUUUGUGCCUCAUUUUUGGUACAGAGGUUGCAGAGGGUUCGGAUCGCCGCCAUUGGCGGUUAGGGCCGGAGUCAUGGCCACGGCGUUGACUCCAUUCAUAUAUAUUUUGGCGGGAAAAUCCAACUUUAUCACGCUUGUGACUGGUAUCAGCUACGAAAAAUUGAACUAUCUCCACCAGUACGUCGGAGUUGCGGCCUUGGUAUUGUCUCUUGUGCACACGAUCCCGUUUAUCUACCAGGCGAUAGUUGAAGGUGGAGCAGCAAACUUGAGGCACACUUGGAACAAUGAGGCCAUUUAUAGAAACGGUGUGCCACCAUUGGUGUUGUUGAUUCUCUUGUGUUCGUUGUCGAAGGCUGGAGUCAGAAAGUGGUUUUACGAAGGGUUCUUACACUUGCACUGGAUGAUGGGUAUUGCUUACUUUGGAACUUUGGGUUACCAUAUUUAUGGCCUGAUGGCCACUGAAAACUAUAUGUGGGCGGCGUUGGCGUUCUGGUUCACCCAGGUGUUUUACCGGUUGUUUGUCAAGACGUGUUUGAAGCCCAACGCCUUGUUUCUCAGACCCUCCGAAGCCAAAUUGUUUAAGUUACAAGGGUCCAAUGCUUAUCAGGUGAAUGUUAAGAAUAGAGGCAUUUUCUGGAAACCUGGCCAGCACGUCUAUCUUAGGUUUGCCUCCAGGGUAUUGGACAACCACCCGUUCUCGGUGUGCAACUUGCCCAAGGAAUCUGAAAACGAGUUGAAGUUCAUUAUAAUUCCCAAACGAGGCUUAACCAAAAGCCUUUAUGACAAGAUUGAUUCGUGCUUGAGUGAGAAGGUGUACAUUGACGGGCCUUACGGAGGUUGUAGUAGAAACCACCACACUUUUGAAAAAGUGUACUUGAUUGCUUCCGGUAGUGGUGUAACUGCUACCAUGUCGUUUUUGACGGAUUUGGCCCAAAAGAUCGAAUCGGGGGAAAAUAAAGUCACUAAGGAAGUCACCUUUGUGUGGGUUGUUCGCAAACUAGAAGACAUCGACUGGUUCAGAACCGAGUUGAAUAAAGCCCUAGAAUGUGACAGAGUCAAUGUAUUAAUCUAUGUGUGUGAUAGAUCUAGUCAAAAGGAAAAAUACUUGAACGAAAAAGAGACUUUUACCUCCGAGUCGUUGGAAGCUGCUAUUGAAACCAGGAGCAAUGAGCUCAAUGUGAAGUUUGGACGGCCUAACAUGGAAAAUCUUGUCAAGUCUUUUGCACCCAGUCUCGGUAGAAGAAACUUUGUAUGUUCUUCGGGUAGUGACUCUAUGAAGUUCCAAGUUAGCAGUGGUGUUUCAGCCUUACAGCCACUUAUAUUUAACAAGGACCUUUAUGCUUCAGAAGUUGAAGAGAUUUUCUUACACACCGAAUCUUUUGGCUGGUAA